AUGACAUUCAGGGAUGUGACUGUUAACUUCUCUGAGGAGGAGUGGCAAUGCCUGAACUCUGCUCAGAGGGCCUUGUACAUUGAUGUGAUGUUGGAUAAUUACAGUAACCUUGUCUCAGUGGUGGUCCAACAAAGCAUCCAUAGUGAAGAGAAGCAACAUAAAAGUAAGAAAUGUGGAAAAUUCUCAAACCCUGAUGAAUAUCAGAAAACUCAUACUGGAGAGAAACCCUAUGAAUUAAAAGAAUGUGACGAUUCCAUUCAUCAUAUCUCAAUACUUAAAAGCCUUUACAAAAACAUUUAUGGAGAGAAACUUCACAAGUGCAAAGAGUGUGGAAACUCCUUCUAUCAUUUGUCCUACUUUCGAUGCCAUUACAGAAUCCACAUUUGA